AUGGAACAACAGGAUCUCAAAGACACUAAAGGGCUACCCACAUUUUCUGUGACAUUAUGUCCUGAUUUAUCACUCGAUCUAUGCCAGCUCAACAAUACAGGAAAUCAUGGUACAACGGUUUGGGAUAGUGCCAAAGUGCUCGCCUUUUACCUCAUGGAUACGAUCAAACGGCCCACUUGGACCCUUGUGGAUGGCACUAUGCAAAUCCAAAAUUCCAAGAAAUGCAUUGAACUCGGCAGCGGAUGUGGUCUUGGAGGCUUGACAAUGGGAUCUCUCGGAUUUGAUACGAUACUGACGGAUCUUCCAUUUGUGGUGGAUAACGUACUUGAACCCAACCGCCAACAGAAUACUCGCCACAUUAAAGAUUGGUGGUAUCGCUUGGUAGAACAAUCACAGCCUGAUAAUGCGUCCAUGCCAUUGGCUGACCCCAUGGUGCGAGUAGAACCUCUCGACUGGAUACGGUUUGAGAAGGAACAAGAUUAUGCCAUGUCGUAUCUCGAACCACCUUACAAUUACAUCUUGGCCGCUGAUUGCAUUUACUGCACAGAAAUGCUACCACCUCUACUAAAGGCAUGUUGGCGUCUAGCUUCGGCAACAACCAUUGUAUUAGUGGCCCUGGAAAGGAGAGAUGACAUUGUGGUCAAUAAUUUCGUUGAACAAGCCAAGGCAGUGGGAUUUGAUGCACGCAUGAUACCCAAAAAGUCGCUACGCAACAAACUCAUUGGCAACGAAGAUAUCGAGAUUUGGAAGCUUAAAAAGAAACGAUCAGCUAGAUAG